AUGGAAGUGGACUCUUCUCAACUCCCGAGCUCUGCAACUGAACACACCUCUAAUAAUACCCUUUCCCCUGCGAGUGUGGCGAUACUCGCGACUAUUUGCUCCUUUGUAAUCUUAUUAUUACUGAUGGGUCUCUUUUUUAUUACCCGCGGGCCCCGCCGCUUUAUCAGCGACGCCUUCUCUCUCCUCGCCGACUCCCCAGAGAACAACAAUAAUAAUAAUAACAACACCUCUUCCAAUAAUAAUAACAACAACACCUCUUCCAAUAAUAAUAAUCGCCGCCGCCGUAUUAAUAAUAAUACUAAUAAUAAUAAUAAUAACGGUAAUAACAACAAUCUUAACAUCCCUUCUCCCAAUAAUAAUAAUACUAAUAAUAACAAUGCGGAGGUGAUUGCUGGUCAGCCGCUGGAGAAUUACGUCCGCACGCCCCGCCGCCCCCGCGCCACCCGCACCUUUUUCCUCCCGGACGGCACCAUCAUUCGACUGGUGGGCGACGUGCGAAGACUGCCGGUCGCCGGGCCGCCGCCAACUCAGUCUGAGCCAGGGGAGGGCGAGGAGCGGGUGGCCUCGCCGAUGGUGUACGGCCGUGCGGUCUACACGCAGCCGGCGCCGGGGGAAGUGCGGGGGGCGAGUUUCUACAACCCGCCGACACCGCAGUUGGACAGGAGCGGCCGGCGUGCCAGUCAGUGGGAGGAGGGGGAGGAGAAGAGGUGUGAGCCGUUUGCAGUGGAGGUGAAGAAGAAAUAG